AUCUGCGGGUGGAGAAGGUGACAGGCUGCGCGGACUUCCCCGGUUAGCCUAUAAAAAGGGCGCCUCGCUCGCUCCACCGACAUUCACCUGAGCGGAUUCGCUGCCGAGACCGACAUGGCUCUGAGCACGCUGCUGGCUACCUUCCUGUGCACCAUCGUGCUUCCCGUUCUGCUCUUUUUGGUUGCCGUCAAGCUAUGGGAAGUUUACAUGACCCGGGGUAGAGAUCCGAGUUGCACCAGCCCCCUACCACCGGGGUCCAUGGGUUUGCCUUUCUUUGGGGAGACGCUGCAGCUCAUCCUGCAGAGAAGAAAGUUUCUUCGCAUGAAGCGGCAAAAGUACGGCUACAUCUACCGGACUCACCUAUUCGGGAACCCCACGGUGCGCGUGACCGGCGGCGACAACGUGAGGCAGAUUCUCCUCGGGGAACACAAGCUCGUGUCCGUCCAGUGGCCCGCCUCAGUGCGCACUAUCCUGGGCUCGGAUACGCUGUCAAACGUGCACGGAACCCAGCACAAAACCAAGAAAAAGGCCAUAAUGCGGGCAUUCUCCAGGGAGGCUUUGGAGUUAUACAUCCCGGUCAUCCAGGAGGAGAUUCGCGCCGCCGUGAACGAGUGGCUGGCGAGAGAUUCUUGUGUGCUGGUGUACCCAGAAAUGAAGCGUCUGAUGUUCCGCAUCGCCAUGAGGAUCCUUCUGGGCUUCGAGCCGGAGCAGAUUAGGACCGACGAGCGGCAACUGGUCGAGGCGUUUGAGGAGAUGAUCAAAAAUCUUUUUUCUCUGCCCAUUGAUGUGCCAUUCAGUGGAUUGUACAGGGGUCUGAAAGCUCGGAAUUUCAUCCAUUCCAAGAUCGAAGAGAACAUCAAAAAAAAGAUCCAGGAGUCACCGAAAGAGUCCAAACACGGAGAUGCUCUGCAGCAACUCAUAGACAGCAGCAGUAAGAACGGCGAGACAUUUAGCAUGCAGGCUAUUAAGGAGUCUGCUACAGAACUACUAUUCGGGGGGCAUGAAACCACCGCCAGCACGGCUACCUCUCUGAUUAUGUUUCUGGGCCUCCACCCUGAAGUGGUGGAAAAAUUGAGGCAGGAGCUGAUUGAUAAGGAGGAGGAAGGAAUGCAACUGCAGAGUUUGAACAUCGAAUCUUUGGAGCAUUUGAAGUAUACUGGUUGCGUGAUUAAAGAGACAUUAAGGAUAAACCCGCCCGUCCCCGGAGGCUUUCGAGUGGCGCUAAAAACAUUUGAACUCAACGGAUAUCAAAUUCCCAAAGGUUGGAACGUCAUUUACAGUAUCUGUGACACCCACGACGUGGCAGAUAUCUUCCCCAACAAAGAAGACUUCCAGCCCGAGCGCUUCAUGACAAAACCUUUGACGGACUCCACGAGGUUCCAGUACAUUCCUUUUGGCGGGGGCUCAAGGAUGUGCGUCGGAAAAGAGUUCGCCAAGGUCCUGCUGAAGAUCUUUCUGGUGGAAGUGGUCACAAAGUGUCACUGUACUCUCUUAAACGGGCCACCCAUGAUGAAAACGGGACCGACCGUUUAUCCUGUGGACAAUCUGCCAACUAAGUUUACCCACUACGUUCAAAAUUAAUCGAGACCUUUUCAAAAGCGGCGUGCUUGAAAAUCUUCUCGGUAGUCACAAAUCAUUGUUUGUUUUCUGUAAAAAACAAUUUGGAAGCAUUCGGGUGUGCGGAGGUUUUAAUUUUGCCCUUAUGUUGUUUUUUUUUUGUUUGUUUUUGUUUUUUUUUUUUGCAAUGGCCUGUACAUUCUGUAAAUAUUUGGAAAACAUUUUAUAUGGUGGUUCUGUGUUCCGUAUAUACUGUAUAUAUAUAUUUUAAGACGAGAGAUCCAACUAAACAAGAGGCACUAUUUACACAUUGAAACACUUUAAUCAGUUCAGUGAUGUAUCUUUUAGGGUGAUGUAAAUAUUGUAGAGAGUUUGUUAUAUAACUUUUGUACCUUUUUAACGUCAAGUUAUUUAAAUGAUGUUGUAUUGUGUUGGCUUUCUAUUUAAUAA